AUGGGCUUCAACUUUUUGGAUAAAAUGCCAAAAAUAUGGUAUGGAUCAAAGGGUAUAUAGCUCCAUUAGGAGAAAUAGCAAGUGGAUCAAAUCUUUAAUGCAAGGACUAUAAAAAACUUUAUAAUUAUAUUAAACUAUGAUGAAAAUAUAUAUAAAAAGUUUUAUUAAAUUUCUAUAUAAUUUACAAAAAUAAAGAAACUAAAAAAAAAGAAUGAUGCCUUUGGCAAAAUUAAAAUUUUAAUAACUUAGGAGCAAAUCACAAUAAUUAAAUUAUGAUAGAAAAAAGAAAAUACAACAAUUUGGAAAUCAUAGCAGCCACCAAGAUCUACAAUUCACAAUAAUUAACAAAAGACCAACAGCAGGUUUGAAAAGUAAACCAUGGUAUGGUUAUUUCAAUUAAAAGUAGAAAAAAGUAGCAUAAUUAAAUAUAAUUAGAGAAGGUACAAAUAUAUAAUCAAAUAUUUAAUAAAAAUAAUUGGAUAAGAAAGAAUCUUCUGA